GAGAGAGAGAGAGCUUGCUAGCUCUGAGACACUGAAUCCUGAACAUGUGGAUGCAAGUUGCAGACUGCUAGCAAAACAGCUGCUGAAUGACCUGGAUUGGGAUGACUCACUGGUGCUGGCUCAGAGCUGUAGGAGUUUUUCUCCUCCUGUUUGCGGGUGAUCUUGGAGGAAAUUCCGAAGUUUGUUCACUCUGCUGUACAUUUCUACGUGAAGACCGCGGCUUAAAUUGUACAUGGGCUGGUAAUGCAAGCGCGCAGUACACCCUCCAUUUACAGAGCCUGAAAUUCAACAUUAAUAAACCUAACACGGUUUUAAAUUUUACUUCCCUGCUGGGCCGAACCUCGAUACUGAUUCCGCGGAAGAGCCUGACGAAAAACGACCAUUACCUUUUGAAGCUAAAACGUGGAGCUGAAGAGGAGGGCUACUACUUCACCUACGAUGACGCUGACAAACAUUUGCUGAUUGAACCUCCCCUCCUUUCAGACGUUACGUUCAGUUGGGAGAGCGAUGUCUCUGCUCACAUAUCGUGGCCCAUUCCAAGUGCUAACCUGCAUGUGGCGAUCCGGUACCAGAAUUUGGCUGAUACUAAUAGCAAUGAAUGGAUUUAUGCCGACCCAUCUGACAUACAACAUGACAAUUAUGAAAUUAGUGAUUUAGAACCGUUCUCACUAUAUGACGUCCAGGCACGCUAUGAGUCAAACAACACAUUGAGGAGUCUUUGGAGUGAGUCUCGUACCUUCUGGACUCCAGAGCAAGCUCCAGUUGGUCCUUUGGAUGUUUGGAGGAAUUUCGAAAUGAAACAAUCUGUAAUUUUAUAUUGGAAGCCUCAGCACUGCCAAUACCCAGGAAGUGACAAGUGGAAUUACAUCGUAACCUAUAUACACGGUGGGGAGUCCAAUGCCUUGAAGACUCCUUAUCUGCAGCCACUCUGUGAGGUCAAACUGCCUGCCAACUCAACUCAUAUGUGUGUCAGCGCUCAGAACAACAAUGGAACCGGGCCGCCUACCUGUGCCACAACUGUGUGUUUAGAUACGAAACCUCUUGAUGUGGAGAUUAGAGUGUGGCUUAAUGUAACCCAGGGAGUCACAGUGUGGUGGGACGAACCUCUGAAUGAACAUUGUGAAGAUCUCACUUAUCUGGUGGAGUGGACCCAACUGACCGAAGGAGGAAGUAAAAUGAAGAAUUGGGCCAGGAGCCAAGUUGGCAAACAGAAUGUAACACUGCCUGGUGAAUUAGAUCCACAGGUUCCAUACCAAGUCUCCCUGUUUACUUUGUGCCAGAGCGACUGUAAAGGUCCUGUUUCCACCAUUAUGUUCUACAGUCAGGAAGGAGUCCCCUCUUCUGCCCCAAACUUUUCCGUCCUUCCCCUCUCUUCCACAGAUAUCUUUAUUUCUUGGAACAAGAUCCCUGUCUGGAAACAGAAAGGAUUUAUUACCCGUUACACUGUCUACCUCAACAGUACGGUGGAUUCUCAGCGUCACCCAGUGUCCACCAGGAAUCUGUCUAUCUCAGGGCUGCUACCAAGUACUGUGUAUGAGAUCUGGGUGACGGCGUCCACCGCCGCUGGGGAAGGGACCCGAGGAGAGGUCAAGGUAUUUCAUACUAAAGGUUCCGUACACCUUGCAGGGAUCUUGCUCCCCAUACAUAUCACCCUUGUGAUGUUUGGAUUUCUGAUCUUUAUAUAUGUCCAGAGGAAACGAGGCAGAAUGUGUUGGAUAAAAAUUCCAAAUCCAGAGAACAGCCGCUCUGUGGCCAAACUCCUUAACACCAAAUACAGUAAUCCCUGGGACACCAUGCAGACUCCGUCAAACCCACCUGUUACGGUAGUAGAAGAAGUAAAUUUGCCACCACAAUUACUGACACCUCUGAUGAAUGGCCAUCACUCGCCCAUCACAGUUGAUGCAGAUUUACCAUCACCUUCGAUGUCCCCUACAGCAAACUGUAAUUCACCCAUCCAAGUGGAAGACCUGCCAUCUGGAUCCCCGCCAGCUAUGAUAAACAAACCCACCAAGUUCGGGUAUGAGAAACAUUUUAUGCCCACCAUAGAAGAGGUGAUGGGACUGUGCUAACGUCCGUAGGGCACCAGAUAUUACUGCCGUAAGGUAAAAAUAAAAUACCUCUGUGAAAACAUUGACUUGAGGGAAGAGGAGUACCUCGAUGAUAUAGUACAUACCCUUCCACUUAACGCGGUGAAGGCAGUUAAAUCCUUUUUAUCGUGAAGUUGUGAUCGAGUUGACGAGGUCUCGAGGAUCAAACAACUGGAAGAAGGCAUUACAUUGAAGACGAAACAACAGGGGAUAGAUGCAGUGCUGCCAAUAUAUUCAGCAAUUACAGAUCAGAGGGUACACCUACUAGGGAGAGGUGUAAUGCUAUGUCAAAAUGUGAUAGAAUGUACGGGAUAGAGAAUAACUUUGGUAUGUGCGGUUUAUACAUGCAGGAAGUGCCAUACAUUGAAUAUAGCUGAAGAGGUCAGAUACACUGCAGAGGUUGCAACUACUGUGAAGAAAUGCAAUGUAUGGACUAAAUGUGCGACAAAGGAAUUCAAUGCAAAAUAUAAAGGGGACAGAUGCAAUGUAUAGGAAAAACUACUGAGAUGUAAUGCAGACAAGCAAUGAAAGGGUGCGCACAGGAUAUACUGUAACCGUGGUACACAAAUGCAACAUAUGGGGUGCAGCUGCAGGACAAAAUGCAACAAGAGGAUAUAGCUGUAGGAAGGAAAUGCAAUAUGCAAGAUAUCGCUGCAGGACAAAAUGCAAUGUAUAGCAUAUAACUACAGGGAGUAUAUUCUAUGCAAAGUAUAUAUAACUUGGAAAAUAUAACUCAGAACAUACAGUCUGAGUGCACUUGAUUCCCUAUUAUUCUUGCAGAUGUUCCCAUUAUCAGGCACUUUUAAAGCACUUUGUGACCCCAGAUACAUGGGGGUAAAGCUUCAGGGUUUGUGGGCUGCCCCGCACAAGGUUUGACUCAGGGAAGAGUGGAAUAGAGAGAGAUUAUAUUUUAGUGUAAAUAUUCACAGGGAUUCUUUCAAUGAAUGUACCAAUAAUGUGUGUGCGCACAGCACAGCCUUAAAUAAAUAUACCGUCCGCGCCAUGACGGUGUUUACAGGAAUGGGUGUUAGAAUGGUGCAGUCAGGGUGAAUGUUAAUUGUUAUAGUUUUCCAUUUUCAUACAGUUUGGGUGCUAGUGGUAAAUGACAUUAAACACAUGGUUAAUUCCGUGUCGUAUAGAGGCAUACAUGGCCUAUUGUGGCGAAUUUCCCAUAAUGUACUCAGUCCUCAGGCUUACAUCAUGGGGACAUUGUUCACAAAUAUUUGCGAUGCU